AAUCAUGAUUUUGAGAGGAAAAGGUUUUUCUUUGUUAAGAUGUGUCUCUGUUUUGAGCAGCACAGUUGUGGUGUUGGCCAUUUUCUUUCUAUUACUUGAACACAAUAAUAUGGAUGCUAGUUUGUGUCUGAACCAUGUUGUAGAGAGAAAGACUUGAUUUAAAAUUAAAGCCUAAAAAUGAGCUAUAGUUAAGUGUAUUCAGAAUGUUUUGAGUAAGGUUCUGUUCACUUAAACAUGUUUUUUUUUUCUAUUAGACAAUGUUUAUAAAUCAAGCAAUAUGUAUCAUUUAAUUUACAGAUUCAUAUCUGUUGGCUGUGAGAUCUGGUGUUCUCCUGCUUUGGCUUCUGUCAAGAGCGAGUGACCUGCGGUUUACCAGCGAGCUUCCUGCACCUACAUCUGUGAUCCUCUGAUCCAGACCAAAUUUACACAGAUACAUUUAUUCCACUUAAAAAACACAUUAGUAAUUGUUAAUCCACACACAUAUUUUUACUCCUUGUACACACAAGCAUACACACACACACACACACACACACACACACAGAGACACACAGACAAUUUGUUGGUUUCCCACUGCCAAGGUAAGUUGAAACAUUUGUGUAUUUGAAGGCUGACCUUCUCUGGGAAAGCAUUGUUUGGGUAUGAUUGGCCCAGAUUCACUUGAAUUUUUAAAGUUUCUUUGGGAACUUUGAAAAAACUUUUUUUGUUUUUCAUUCUUAGAUGCCCCGUGCCAAGUCCCACCGGCGUGCCCAGGCCCUGAAGCGGAGGAUGGCGCAGCCGCAGCCGUGGACCCCCCAGCCACCUGUCCCCGAGUUCGUUGCUCGGCGCGGUACCGGUUACCGCCAUCGCGUGCGGAGAUGGCCAACUUCGGAGCUGACCCAGCGGAGCUUCAAGUUGGUCACUCCAGCUCAGCAGCCGGACCAGAAGAUGGUGUUCGUCGUGGGAGCCUCCCACCUGCGGCCCAUGGUGGAUGGGAUCGUCGCCAUGCCAGAGGGACCUGUCUCCUUUGCUUUUCUCUCUGUUCCAGGUGCGCAUGCAGCAGAGCUGAGGACGGAGGUGUCGCACGCCGCUCUCCCCUGGACCCCGGACGUGGUCUGCGUGAUGGCCCCCAGCAACAACCUCACGGCCAGCAGGAACAUCGGAGAGGCGUCGCUGGACUUCGGUGCUCUCCUGGCUACAGUCUGCAGCCGCUGGGCGAAGGUGUUUGUGCUGGAUUUCCCUCCACGCCUGAACAUCGAGCCUGGCCUGCAGGAGCUGUUUCGCCAGGAGUUCCGCCGUGUCGCAGCACGCAUGGGUCUCCCGUACGUGUCUCUGGCAGAGCACCUCCCUCUGGAUCGUUUGGAGCUGUGGAGCCGUGACAGUGUGCACCUCAGCGACAGCGAUGGAACGCCGAUCCUGGUCCAGGUCCUGUGGGACGCCGCUGUCCGCCAGCUGGCUCCUCCUCCUCCUCCUCCGCCUUUGGUGCCCACCCGGACUUCGCCUCGUGCCAGGGUCUCCCCCGUGCUGGUCGUGACGGGACACCACCCCGCGCCCCGUCACCGCGACCCACUGGAGUGGACCGUGGUCGGACAGGAGGGCAAGGCUCGAGCAUCUCCGGUGCAAGAGUCUGUCAUCCCGUCCAACCCCGUUUGGUUCAGCGGCGACAUGUUGGAGGCCAUGGAGACGGUUUCUCCUUCUUCAGACGACGACGACGACGACACUGCCAUUCCACCAGCUGGCCAGGUAAACUGCCUGAAAAUUAUAUCAAUGAAGCACCCUCACCUGCCGAUGACAUUAUUGCUUUCUCUGAGCUACUUAAUGAUCAGUCUUGCUCUUCAGAUAACUAAUGAUUCCCUGUGUGAGUGUGUGUGUGAAUUGUUGAUGUGAGUUUUUCCGAGUGUGCUCUGUCUUAUAUUGAGCCAGGUCAUCCUGGUGCUGGUGGUUAUGUGGCUCAGGUCCCAGGCUGCUCCACUACAUCUGGCUCCCCUCGGCAUCCUGAUUCCUCAUCUGCCAACUGUUUUUACAUUUUUUUCUUUCAUGUUAAACAUAUAGAUUUUUUGUUGUUUUUGUUUUCUGUCCUUACAACAUACAUUGCAUGUCUGUCCGUCCUGGAUAAAAUUUAAUUGAAGACGGCAUUUAACAAGGUUUACUUUCCUUCUUUUAGACUUCCCGUGUGAGGCGUUCGCCAAGAGGUGUUGCCACAAGGCGCAGAGGAGGAAAGCGGCAGGUGCUGGCAACACCUUCACCUGCCCGUGUCACCGUGCCUGCCUCCGGGUCCAGACCAGCAGUGCAGCAGGUGGAGGCGACAGCCCAG